AUGGCACACCAACGCCGAUACAAAAGGGAGAAAUCUUCUGACAACUACAUCACACUGGCCCCAUCAUACGAACUCGUCCUUUCACAAAAUGAACCUUCGCAAAUCGAGUCCACUCUGGCCGUCGUUGUAGAGGAAGGUCAGUCGUUAAACCUAAAAUGUACGGCAGGAGAGGGAAUAGACGAACGAACGUUGAAGUUCGAAAAAGAACUUGAGGAAAUCAAAGGGAAGCGAUCACCGCGGAGCGUCAGUCAACCAAUCUUCAACUUUGAAGAUGCUACCCAUAGCGGUCUCUACGAGUGUUUUGCUAGGACCAGCACCGGAAAAGAACAUUCCAGAAAGAUGAGAGUUUCUACCAAGGCUGUUCUUCCCAAUGAUUUUAUUCCUUGUGCUAAAGACGAUGACUAUUGUGGCACCAAUGGACGAUGUGGUCUGAAGAGCAAUGACAAGAUUUGUGUUUGUGACCCUGGUUAUGUUGGACAACGUUGUGAACACCUCCUUGUGAAAGACUACUUGAUAACAACUGCGAAGGUAGUUGUUGGGGCCGGAGGAACGCUAAACGUUGUCCUCAUUUUCCUCACCUUCCUUUUCGCUUGUCUCUUCAUAAAGCAAAGAAGACGCACACGUUUUCUCGAGUCCCGCUUGCCUUUUCCAAGCAACGAAGAGAUGUUCUGCACGAAGCCAACGAACCCGUACUCCGAUACCGACUGCAUCACUCAUGACAAGGAACGAUUGACAAAGUCGCAUGAUUUUGAUGAACCUCUGGCUCGCUCCUCGCGAGUUUCAGCAAUUCGAAAACUUCGAGUUGCAGUAAGGGAUCGGCUUGUUGGCAAACCUACUGGGAUCUCCAUAGAAGGAUCUACGGAUCCAUAG